UAAUUGUUUUUUCAUUAAAUCUAAAAAAGUUACUACUAUAAAUAAUUUAUGUGUAAUUAUUUUAUAACAAAAAACAAAACAAAAAAACAGAUAACAACAAUAACACUAAUUAAAUUUCCCAUAAAAAUAUAACUUAAAAUACAAAAAGAAAUAAUAAUAAUAAUAUCUAUUUAAAAUGAAGCUACCCAAAGUAUUAAACAAUAAUGGUUCAAUGGCCGUUAAUACGACCAGCGCCCCUGAAGAAUCUAGUAAAAAAGAGUCAUAUUUGGCAUCAGACAUUUACAAUGUUUUCUUUUAUUCUGCGGCUUAUCGGUGGCUUAUGCGCUGAGAGUAAAUUUAUCGGUGGCUAUAGUGGCAAUGACUGAUAAAAAGGCCGCUAAUCCAGAUUUUGAUGAAUUUGACUGGACCGAGAAGAAUAAAUCCUUACUUUUAAGUAGUUUUUUCUGGGGCUAUGUCAUAACACAAGUACCAGCCGGCCAAUUGGCUCGUAAAUUUGGCGGCAAAAUCAUGUUAUUGACUGGAGUAUUUGUCUGCUCACUGCUAACU